AUGGCUACUUUUGAUAGGUAUAGUAACUGGAGCUGGCUGCAGACGUAUCAGUGUGCAGCUGAGCCUGUUUACUGCGAGACCGCCCACCGACCCGAUGACGUCCUCUACUCUGGCUCAGAGGACGAGUACUAUGACAGUCCGACACAACGAAAGCUCCGAUAUGAGGAUCAGGCAACCCAAUUUCUUGAAGGCAGGGUCCCAUUCCUCCAGUCCGCAUCAUUACGAGGUCCUUUCGGCCAGGCUGCUUCGUGGUGCAACCCUUGGAGAGGCAGAGGUGGCCGUGUUGCGGGAAAGAGCAUAUCCUCACACGGAGUACCGGCCACCACCGAUGUGCCCGAUGCAGACGUUGAAGUCAACACGGAACUGUCCGGAGCACAAGCGACGUUUGCUCCGGAGACCCUCUCCUUUUCAGAUGAUGUGCAGUCGUCGGGCCCUCUGAGCCACGACUCUGAAACGACGGUCGCCAUAGCUCAAGCAACUCUCGAACCCCACGACCACCCGUACUUGGAUGCAACGGUCAUCGCCCGAGUUCACGAUUGGCGGAAUGGUGUGAAGAUAAGCACGGCCGCGCGGGACAGUUUCUGGACGGGGUCAGCGAGGGGACAUGGUCGAACAACGAAGCGCAAAGCUGGCGCAAGCUGGCUCAGGAGGGAUAUAAUAAAGCGCAGAAAAUCCGGAAACACGGAUGCAGAUGUAGUCGACUCCCCGACUCCUGCACACAUCAUUCAGCCGCCGGACUCGACCCAACCUGAUCCACGUCCGCCUACAACACAAUCGCAUGCAUCAUCUCAGAUAUCCGGACGAAUGCAGUCACUUCCACUUAUUCAGACAAGGCGUGAUUUGUCUCGUAAGAGUGGACAGUAUAGGAAUAGCCCACGAAACUCAGCAGGGAGCAACACCAGAUCUAGCAGCGCUCGGCCAGUCUUGCCUCAACGACAAGAAGAGAACCCUCGCCGCAAGGCUAAGCUUCUCAAGGCGCCUCGUUCUGCUUCGCCAAUGCCACACAGCACUUACGAUACCGAUGUUGAAGCUGACAUGGAGAGCGAUGGUGGUCGUGAUUCACCCGAAGCCGAGACUUUCGAAAGCCAACGGGAUGACAGCUUCCUCUUCCGAACUAGAGCCCGGCCCAAAUCGAACCAAGAACCAGACAUUAGCAAACAGUCGGCUGUUCGAGCCUUAGGUGCAGCAGGUCUUGUGUCAGCUGCACGGUCCUCCCCAGAGGAAUCUUCGUCGGCCACAUACACUCAGGACGAGGCCCAGGAGGCAAGCCCUCAGCCUCUUGUGCCUUCCACGGAUCGGGAUGCCGUGCCAGGCGGUUCAUUAUCAAACCACGAUGAACAGACAGAUGUAUGCCCUUCAGACCCUCCUGCGCUCUACGCCCAGAUCAAAGCAAUCUCUCGAGACGAGGCGGUUGCAAAUCAAACUUCGAGCUCGCCGAGCAGGGUGCCGGAGGGUGGUGAAGCAAGCAAGCUCAAUAUAGUCCCUCCAGUCGAUGAGACUAUGAACGAAACAACGCUGGUGAACACCCAACCCGAGAACCCAGCUGUAGCUUUACGGUAUGAAGAUAUCAAGGCUCUCCUCGGUAACCAGGUCAGUAAGGCGCGGGCAAAGACUUGUUCGUCAUCGUCAUCAAGCUCGAUCUCGGAACUUUUGACUGCGCCCGAACAGAUUGUUCAAUUCGACGAGAUAGAAUGCGAUCAGUCCGAUGCUGCAUCCAGCGUUAUGGGUUCUAUCACUGUGGCACCCGCGAUCCAGGAUCCUGAAGCCAUCUCAGACGGCGAUCAAGCAUCCGCCGCUGAAGUUUCGUUGACAGGCAUUGCCAAUGACCCUGAUAGUGAUAUGCACAGUCCUCAAGGGUCAGCAAGUGCACGGCUAGAUACACAAAGACAAAGUCCCUGGGCGAAGGUGUCCGAGAUGGCGAUCUUGAAAGACGUGGCGGAAUCCAGGACCACUUCAGCAGAGCCGGAUCCUCAGAUGGCAUCUCAUGGCUUUGGUCUUGGACAAGGUUCUAGUAUUCAAGAAUCCUCGAACAUCGCAGGACACAACCUCCAAUUUCCAGAGCCCGAACAGCUCCCUGACGCGCCCAUUACCUCGAAACCGUCACCUACGGAGGUCUAUGCAGAGAAUCCUUGGGCGGCGCACAAGGUACUACAAUUAUCCUCUCCCAAGUCACCAAGCGGCGCCAUGAAAGUCCACAGGCCGUCUCCACUAUCUAUUCUUCCUCAAGGGCAGGCAAUGGGGAGCAGGUUGGACGCGAACUACCAAGAUGAGGUUCAAGUCAGACCAUCAACGCCUGACACGAAACCGUCCAGCCUACCCACACCGGACUUCACCCUUUCGAUCAAGUCGUUCAGGCACUUUAUGUCACCGUCUCCUUUGCAGAAUCGGAGCAGCCAGAGAUCCGGGAGAGUUUCUGAGGGCACCAUUCUUUCCAAUCCGUGGACCAACGUCUCAGCCAGGAAGUCGCGUCUGGAACGCCGCGUCCGAUUUGCCCCACUACCCGGCGAAGUUGACAACGGUGGCUCCGACGGGGGAUUGCCGUCGUCCCCUGGUUUGCAGAUUGUUGAUGAGGAUGACUAUAUCGAGUCAGGUCUCAAGCGUCAACCAAGACGCCGUGUUGUUCCACCAGCGCCUAGCACUUUUCCCAGGACAGGCUCUCCUCCGCCACUUGCGUCGCUGGCAGAUCUCCCCUGCGAGGUUGACAAAUUCCAGGAGCACUAUGCUGCAAUGGCAACGAGAGGACCACUAAGCAAGCCACGCACUCAGGGCAGGUUACUGCCGUCCCUUAGCCAGCAAGACGCGCCGAGUCCCGCUGUCGGGGCCUUGGCGGACAGAUUUUUGGCUGUCGACCAGGAGCUAGCCGGGCCUGACAUUAGCAGUCCGGCCUUGAAGGUCAGAAUGACGGAUAGCCAUGCUGUGGAAGACACGGACUUGCAAGUGGACGAUGUUGGUGCUGUCUUGCAAAACCUUGGAGACUUUUUGACAACAUUUGAUGUUGAUGCAGAGGUUGAACAUGCCAGAGUGAGCUCGGCCUGCGACGACCAAACAAGACAAAUGAUGGGUAUAGGGUUGGAAAUGGGAAGCUAG